GAAUGGUUAAUUUGGAUAUAUCCAGACUCAAAGAAACUGGUUCCUAUCUAUCAUAUGAGCUUCUUUGUUCCAGACCCACUUCAUCAUUGUGUUUCAUAGCUUCUUCCACUUCUGAUAUAGUGUUGUUUUUAGUUAAUUCAGUUGUAUUGUGCUGUUGUGUGCCUUCAAUUUUGACUAUUUAAGCCAAUCGUUUUUUUUUUCCUUUGCUGUGUGGAUAUUUCAAUUGUUACAACAUGUGGGAGAGGGGAUAUUUGAAUCCUUAAUAAAGGAGACAAGGCAAUGUCACUAAGUUACAAGGCUCUCUUGGCUAUUCAAGCUAAUGAUUUCUUUUUUGAUAAUCAUUUGUUACAACUUACAACGAGUGGGGAGGGGAAAAUUGAACCCGGGUUCUCCUUAUAAAGGAGAUUAAGCAAUGCCUCUGAGCUACAAAAGGCUCUUGGCUAUUAAAGCUAAUGAUUUUGAGGAGAUGAAGUUAGUGAUCCCUACAUCUUUGUAUAAUGAAAAUGAAAAAUGAAAAAAGCGGAAAUAUAAAGUAGUUGCCAAGGAAAAUUUGUAGUUUUGGACAUUUUAAAUUUUUUUGGAAGAUAUUGCCAUUAUGCAAAUAAUCUUGGUGGUACUAAUAACCUACCCUAAACUGAUUACUUGGGGACAAUGAUCCUUUUUUUUAUUUACUUUGAAAAAAAAAGGGCAUUUUGGUCCAAAGGGGAAUCAUUCACAGAAUUCUACACAACUACAGAAACACAAUCACAGCUCUUUCCAACCUCUCUCCAUCGUCUCCUCUCCUCUCACAACAAUUGAUCAAUAGCCUUUUCUUCACUUCUUUCCCUCACAAAGCAAUACUCAUCUCUGUCGCUUUACUCGCCCGACUUCCAUCGAUUCAUCCAUCGCUCUCUGCUAAAUCACAAACUCAUGUCUCUACUCUCUCUCUCCAAUGGGCAGAAUUAUUUUGUGCUGUCAAGUGUUUCUAUAUGUUUCUUUAUUCUAUGUGUCACUUAUUCUCUCUCAUAAUUUCUAAAUUUACACCCUCCUUUUCUGACUUCAUUCCAUCUCUCUUCCACACCAAACUCCAUCCAAAUGGAGCUCUUCUUAAUCACCAAGUUCGUGCUCAACGUCACUGGGUAUUGAGAUCAAUGAAGCAUUGCCACCGAGUAUAGAAGUGUCUGCAGAGUUGCACUCACUGUGUUUACUCUCUAGAAAGAGAGAAUGACCCUUUGGUUAAGACAAAAGAGAUCCAACCAUACCCAGUUGCCUCGGAAGCUUGCCUCUUUGCUCACUGUUGCUUUUAAAUCAUCCAAACAAUCAAAUCUAUCUUCAGAAACCAAUAGUGAAAUCAACAAGAUUAUCAGAAUUAUUAAUGAUCAUCCAUUUCCUGAUCAACCACUUCAACCUACCCUUCUUCAGUACACACCUCCACCUAUACUUUCCAACAACUUUGUGGAGAAUGUUCUUGGACGCCUCUUUGCAGCCCACUCCAAUGGUCUCAAAGCACUUGAAUUCUUCAAAUUUUACCUCCAUCAUUCACAGUUCUGUCCAAGUCCAGAUGCUUUUGAAAAGACACUACACAUCCUUACGCGGAUGCGGUAUUUUGAUAAAGCUUGGGAACUGAUGGAAGAAAUCCAUCAAAAACAUCCUUCCUUGCUCACCCUUAAGUCUAUGAGUAUAAUGUUGUCAAAAAUUGCAAAGUUCCAAUCUUUUGAAGAUACCCUGGAGGCAUUUCAAAAAAUGGAGAAUGAUAUAUUUGCUGGGAGGAAGUUUGGUACCGAUGAGUUCAAUGUAUUACUUCAAGCAUACUGCACACAGAGGCAGAUGAAGGAGGCACGCUCAGUGUUCCUAAAGAUGCAUUCUCGAUUUCCACCUAACACCAAGACCAUGAAUAUCUUGCUCUUGGGGUUCAAGGAGUCAGGCAAUGUUACUGCAGUAGAACUGUUUUAUCAUGAAAUGGUUCGAAGAGGUUUUAAGCCAAAUAGAAUAACUUAUAAUAUCAGAAUUGAUGCUUAUUGUAAGAAAGGUUGCUUUGGUGAUGGUCUAAGACUUCUUGAAGAAAUGGAACAGGUGAAUUGCUUGCCAACGUUGGAAACAAUUACUACUCUGAUUCAUGGAGCGGGAAUUGUCCGAAAUACAACCAAGGCACGGCAAUUGUUUGAUGAAAUUCCUUUGAGAAACCUACACCCUGAUACUGGGGUUUAUAAUGCUUUGUUGAGCUCACUUGUUAGAUCAAAAGAUCUGAAUUCUGCAGUUGCUCUGUUGGAUGAAAUGGAGGAGAAACGUAUAAAGUAUGACAGUAUGACCUAUCAUAUCAUGUUCUUAGGAUCAAUGAGGUCAAAUGACAUUGAGGGUGUUUGUGAGCUAUACCACAAGAUGGUUGAGAGAAAUUUUGUGCCCCAAACACGAACAGUAGUGAUGUUAAUGAAAAUUUUCUGUGAAAAUAGUCGGGUUGAUUUGGGUUUGAAUUUAUGGAAUUACCUUGUGGAAAAAGGAUAUUGUCCUCAUGGGCAUGCAUUGGAUCUGCUGGUGACAGGAUUGUGCUCUCGGGGGAGGGUGCAAGAAGCAUUUGACUGCUCCAAACAAGUAUUGGAGAGGGGGAGGCAUAUAAGUGAAGCAGUAUUUCGGAUGUUGGAAAGAUUUUUGUUGCAGACAGGUGAGGUAAACAAGUUGAGUAAACUUCAGAGGAUGAUGGAAAAACUACAUGAUAUUUUGCCCCCAUCAAUAGGGCAUGCUGUAGGUAUCACUGCUUCCACAGAUAUACAUUAAUAAAUAUGGUUAUGCCCUAUUAUACUUAUCAUGAUUCAUCAAAAUUUGUUUUAAUUCA